GGAAGUGUGUAGGAUUUUCGCCUGGAAUAAAUUGACAUGGUUGUUUUCAUGCCAGUGUUGGAGAGAGAAAAAAAAGUUACGUUGGUGUGAGCAGAUCCAAUGUAACGAGUUCGUCUUAAAACCCGUCGAAGUCUUUUAAGAGCUUUUAUACAACAAUUCACAGCCAGGGAGGGAAACAAAGUCACAGUUGAGGCAGCAGCAAUGGGGAGCAAACCGGGCCCAGUUCAGAUAGUGACGGUGUGCAAGGAGGAUCACUCCUUUACGCUGGACGAGGAAGCGCUCGAGCGCGUCCUCUUGACCCCGACCGUGCGAGACAAAAAUGUGGUGGUGCUUUCGGUGGCCGGCGCCUUCAGGAAGGGCAAGAGCUUCCUGCUCGACUUCAUGUUGCGAUACAUGUACAGAAAGGGUGACGAAAACUGGCUGGGUAACGACGACGAGCCCCUGACGGGAUUCUCCUGGCGAGGUGGCUCGGAACCGGAGACGACCGGCAUCCAGAUCUGGAGCGAGGUCUUCCCCAUCCAGAAAAGUGAUGGAAGCGAGGUGGCAGUAAUGCUUAUGGACACUCAGGGAGCUUUUGAUAACCGGUCCACAGUGAAAGACUGUGCCACCAUCUUUGCCCUCAGCACCAUGACCAGCUCCAUUCAGAUUUACAAUUUGUCCCAGAACAUCCAAGAAGAUGACCUGCAGCACCUACAGCUUUUCACCGAGUACGGCCGGCUGGCCUUGGAUGAAAUCUUCCUGAAGCCUUUCCAGUCCUUGAUGUUCCUCAUCCGCGACUGGAGCUUCCCCUACGAGUACACGUACGGCUUUAAAGGAGGCAACGAAUUCCUGGAGAAACGAUUACAGGUCAAGGAGGCCCAGCACGAGGAGCUGCAAACGGUGAGGGAGCACAUCCACUCCUGCUUCACCAACAUUUCCUGCUUCCUGCUGCCACACCCUGGUUUGAGAGUUGCCACCAGCCCGACUUUUGAAGGACAACUUAAUGCGGUGGCACCAGAGUUCAAAGAGCAGCUGAAGAUUUUGAUCCCCGAUCUCCUGCAUCCCGACAACCUGGCCGAGAAGGAGAUCAAUGGAAACAAAGUCACCUGCAGAGGCCUGCUGGAGUACUUCAAGGCUUACAUCAAGAUUUACCAGGGAGAGGACUUCCCCCGAGAAUGA